AGCCCCAGCCCAUUCCGUAAUGGGUAUAUUUGAAACAAUCAGUUUCACCCAUCUUUAAAGCAAUAGCAUUAUUGUUGACACAACAUGGCAAGCAACAGAUAUUCUCCGUUCCCAUCUUACAAAGAGAAUAGCAGGGCACGUCACAUCAACAGUUACAUACACACUAUCAUACAGUUCAUAAAGAACUAUGACCGCCCGUUAACAUUUGAUGAAAUAGAGAAGAACACCAAUUUGAAACUAACCGACAAUAAGAAACUGCUAAAAACACUCACAAAGAAUCCUAAGAUAGUUAUAGGUGAUAAUACAUUGCUGUUUAAGCCGCUAUACAAUAUAAGAAAUGAAAAAGACCUUGAAAAUAUUAUGGUUGCCACAAAUUGCGAGUAUGGCAUAGAAUUGGAGAAGCUGCUUGACUCUCCAAUCGAUAUAAAGCCGUUUGUGCAGAAUUUGCAGAAAAAAGCGGUGAUUUUUGUUUUGAAAGACAUCGAUAACUCUGAGAUUGUUUUUUAUAACAAAUUGUACUUGCCGCCAGCCAAUGAUAAGAUUGUUGAACUGUACAAUAAAAUAAAAAUACCAAACUACCAAGAUGUCCUCAAGGAGCUUAGCUCGGCAGGAAUCAAGGUAGAGAGAAAGGCGCAAGAGGAGCGAAGGAACAUUGUGGUAAAGAAAACGAAAAUUAAAAAGUAUAAGAGGAAGAUUAAAAUAACAAACACGCAUGUUAAGGAGCUCAACUUUAAUGAUUUAGAUUAAAAGCUGU